UUGCCACUCCCCAACAAUCUCUCUUGUCGGAAUCCGGCAUCUCCUGCCUUGUAAAGGCACGGCCGAAGGAAGCAUGACUGAGCCUCGAAGUAAACCCAGAAAAUCCAAACCGUACUCUGCUUCUUCUUCUCCUCGCUGUAAUGGCGUAACCCUAACCCUUAGUUCAGCAAUGGCACGAAAGUCUCUCCUGAAACGAAUCGUAGCUACUAUCCUCAUAAUUUUAGCUUUUUACGCUUUCUUCAACACCUUCCUUUCUCCCAUUGAAACUAACCCUUCGAAGCUCCACUCCACCUUCCCCUUCGAUUCUUUCAUGUCCUCCUCUCUUCUCAGCACGGAAUCAUCUAAUUCCUUCGAAUCUCGUUUGAAUUCGCCGCCCGUCAAGGUGUAUCUCUACGAUCUUCCGCGGAAAUUCACUUAUGGCGUGAUCGAGAGCUACUUGAUGGCUCGUGAUUCUCUGAAAUCUCCGGUUGAGGACGAUUCGACGUUGAAGUACCCUGGGCAUCAGCACUCUGCAGAAUGGUGGUUGUUCAAGGAUUUAUUACGGGAGGAUCGGUAUGGUUCGCCAGUAAUUAGGGUUCUCGAUCCUGAAGAGGCGGAUUUGUUCUAUGUUCCGUUCUUUUCAUCUUUGAGCUUGGUUGUGAACCCAAUUCGACCUGGUGGUGUGGUUGGAAAUGCGGGUGUUUAUAGUGAUGAGGAGAUGCAGGAGAGUUUGAUGGAUUGGUUGGAAGGGCAAGUUUAUUGGAAGAGGAGUUUGGGGUUGGAUCAUGUUUUUAUAUGUCAGGAUCCGAAUGCGCUUUAUAAAGUGAUCGAUCGAAUCAAGAAUGGGGUGCUGCUUGUUUCAGAUUUCGGGAGGUUGAGACCGGACCAGGCUUCAUUGGUGAAGGAUGUCAUAUUGCCUUAUUCGCAUCGGAUUAACCCGUUCAAUGGGGAGAUUGGAGUGGAAGGAAGGAAGUCGUUGUUGUUCUUCAUGGGAAACCGGUACCGGAAAGAGGGGGGAAAAAUUCGUAAUGAGCUCUUCCGAGUACUUGAGGGUGAAGCUGAUGUCAUUAUAAAACCGGGAACACAAUCCAGAGAGAAUCGACGUAUGGCAACACAGGGAAUGCACUCAUCCAAGUUCUGUUUACAUCCAGCUGGAGAUACACCGUCAGCCUGUCGACUCUUUGAUGCUAUAGUGAGUUUGUGUGUUCCAGUGAUAGUCAGUGACAAUAUCGAGUUGCCUUUUGAAGAUGCCAUAGAUUACAGAAAAAUUGCAAUAUUUGUGAACUCUGCUUCAGCUGUGAAGCGAGGACAUUUAAUUAAAAAGCUGAGGGCAGUGAACAAAGAGAGGAUUAUAAAAUAUCAGCAGGAGCUUAAAGCUGUAAGGCGAUAUUUUGAGUAUGAGGACCCAAAUGGAACAGUGAAUGAAAUAUGGCGCCAAGUUUCCUUGAAGGUACCCCAGAUAAAACUGAUGAUCAAUCGUGGCAAACGCCUUGUGCGGAGGGGCUUGACGGAGCCAGACUGCUCUUGUCUUUGUUCAAACCGGACGACAAUUUUGACAAGCUUAUGAUGCCACCACCAUUAAUGAUUGAUUCUGGAACUAAAGACAUCAACUACCCUUUGAAAAUCUCCAAACUGGUCGGCAACAGAUGUCUGGUGGUUGACAUGCAGGUGCAGACUGCAUAACCAUUCAUUUCAGAAAGGAGGUAGCCAAAUUCAUUGCACAGUUCAUCCUGGGGAGACGUUUUUACAUGGUCGGUCUUCAUGAAGAAGCCUCUCUCUCUCUCUCUUGCCUACAGACAUGCAAAGAUGCUCUCUUGUUGAGUUUGUUCAUUUGAUUGUCCUUUUUUGUUUUUCUCUUUUUCUUUUGCUGGUUUAGAGGGUUAGUGCAAAUCAAGUAGCCAAGAAUAUCUGAUUAUUUAUAGUAAUGUAAUCAAUUUCUCUGUAUGUUCUACAAAUAAAAAAAAUCGCAAGUGACAUUUUGUUAAUGCAUUAUACAUCAU